AUGGUUCCAUCAAUCAUCUAUGCAAAGGCACCUAUUCGAGUCGCCCUCCUCGUCUGCGGAACACCUAUCCCUGCUGUUGCUGAGCCCUACGGAGAGUACCCCGCCAUCUUCAACAACCUUCUCCAGGACGGUUUGAAGGAACUCAAGGAGAGAAAAACCGUUGGCCCCGACACAGAGUUGGUUCUAGAGGAUUUCGAUGUCCGCGAGGACAAAUACCCUGAGCAUCUCUCUGACUAUGAUGGAAUCUUGAUCACUGGCAGUGCGUCGAAUGCAUAUGACGACUUGCCCUGGAUCAACAAGCUGGUGGACUAUGUCGCAAACUUCCCUAGGGACAAAGGGGCACCCAAGAUUGUUGGAGUUUGCUUUGGACACCAGAUCAUAGGGAGAGCCUUCAAAGCCAAUGUCGGCAAGAGCACCCGCGGAUGGGAGUUGGGCUGGACUUCGACUGACUUCACUGAGGAGGGCAAGAAGUUCUGGAAGGAAGAUUCUAUGAGGAUUCAAGAGCUUCAUCAGGAUGUGGUGCAUGAUGUGCCUGCAGGCUUCACACUGUUGGCGUCGACGGCACAUACGACGAACCAGUCGAUGAUCUCCGAGGACGGCAGGAUUGUGACCCUCCAGGGCCACCCCGAAUUCACUGGUCCUAUUAUGAGAGAAUUUAUCAGGGCCCGGACUGCUAAUGGUACGUUUAGCAAGGAGCUAUAUGAGGCGUCGAUGAAGGUUGUCGAUAACACCUUGGACCGUGCCACUGUUGCCGCUCGCAUCGUUGACUUUUUCCGCAAGGCGUAG